AUGAGGAUUGCCACUAAGCGUCUUCAAAAGGAGCUGUCUGACCUUAGGCUUCAAGGGACGCCGGAAGGAUGUGCGAUCAUCAGGGCAGAUGAUUUGCAGGAAUGGCAGUUCUCAAUAGAGGUGCUCGGUAACAGUCUCUAUCAAAAGGAAAAGUUUGCCUUGCGCUUUCGAUUCACCGACUCGUAUCCCAUGGAAAGCCCAGAAGUGGUCUUCAUCGUUACUGACGGUUAUAAAGCGCCGAUUCAUCCACACGUUUACAGUAACGGCCACAUCUGCGCAUCGAUUCUAGGCAACGAAUGGUCACCCGUACUCAAUGUCAGCUCGGUGCUCAUCACACUACAAAGCAUGCUUGCAAGCUGUAAACAGCUUCAGACACCACCAGACAAUGAUGCCUACGUCAAACGUGCACCGCUUUCACCCAAGGAUAGUCGAUUUGUCUAUGACGAUGACACUGUCUGA